AGGAGCAGAAAGACAAAGAACUCCUGCAGUUAGGUUUUGCAGCGAUAUUCUGCAAGCCAAAGGCUGAGUUUUCACCAUUGUCGAUUUCAACAACGGCAUUUGGAGGUAUUGUGGCUUGUUAUAAAACGUUACUGACUGCAAACGUUAGAAAGUUAACUGCAGUUUCGCAUCCGCAUCGAUCUCAGAAAUACAAUAAGAUGGCACAUGCACAGUGUAUCAGUGCUCCGCGUAAACGGUUUUAUUUCAUGAGCUUAUUUAUUGUCGCGGACGUGGUUGUUGGGCAAAUUCGAUACUCGAUUCCCGAGGAACUGGAGCUCGGCGCCUUCGUGGGAAAUGUGGCUGAAGAUAUAAAGCUAAAUAUUAGGACGCUGAUAGAUCGCAAAUUUCGUAUUGUCACUGAUGUCAAGAAUAACUUCUUAGACAUAAAUUUAGAGAGCGGGAUUCUGUUUGUUGAUGAAAGAAUUGAUAGAGAACAAAUUUGUGGACACAGUUCUGACUGCAUAAUUUCUUUUGAAGUCGUGAUCGAAAAUCCUUUGGAAAUAUAUAGUGUUGACAUCGAGAUAAUGGAUAUAAAUGAUAAUUCACCCACGUUCGUAAAGCGCCAGAUGUUCGUGAAAAUCGCGGAGUCGUUUGCGCCAGGCGCGCGAUUUCCUUUGGAGAGCGCACACGAUUUGGACGGAGGCACAAACUCAGUCGCCACCUACCGGAUCAGUUCGAAUGAGUACUUCGGCCUAAACAUGCAGACCCGAAGCGAUGGCAGUAUAAUUGCCGAGUUGUUAUUGGAGAAGUCCUUGGACCGAGAAAAUGAAUCGACAUUUCAUCUGGUGCUGACGGCGAUUGACGGUGGGAUUCCGGCGCUAUCUGGUACAGCCCAAAUUAUAAUUACAGUUCUGGAUGCCAAUGACAACGCACCUGUGUUCGAUCACGAAAAAUAUGAAGUCAGCUUGUUCGAGAAUGUCUCAGAAGGCCAUUUGGUUAUCAAGCUCAACGCGAAUGAUGCAGACGAAGGGACAAAUGGCGAGGUGCAGUAUUCUUUCAAUACACAUACUUCUGAAAGAGUACGUCAGCUGUUCACUUUGAACGCAGAAACUGGAGAAAUUAAAGUUCGAGGAGUUCUAGACUUUGAAGAAUCGCAUGUUUACGAAAUUGAAGUACAAGCUACGGAUAAAGGCAUCUUAGCACUAGCAGGGCAAUCUAAAGUUCUGGUCUCAUUAAUUGAUGUGAAUGACAACGCUCCCGAGGUGAAAGUGACCUCAGUAUCCAACACGAUCCCCGAAGAUGCGGCACCAGGUACCGCCAUAGCUUUAGUUAGUGUAACUGACAUCGAUUCUGGAGAAAAUGGGCGAGUUAGUUGUCAAGUGUUUGUGGACAUAGCUUUUAAACUCCAGCCAUAUCUGAAGAACCAGUAUAAAUUAACUACCAAUGGCAUACUGGAUCGUGAACUGAUUCCUUUAUAUAACAUAUCCAUAGUAGCCUGGGACGCUGGAUCUCCACAUCUCUACACAAAUAAAACUAUUGUGGUGUCGGUGACAGAUAUAAAUGAUAAUGCGCCAAGGUUUACGCAAUCGGUAUAUACCGUAUAUGUGAAGGAGAACAAUGCUCCGGGCGCAUCAUUUUUUACAGUUACGGCUUUGGACCCUGAUUUUGGACAGAAUUCUCAGGUAUCAUAUUCUAUUCUGGGUAACCAAAACCAAGAUCCUUCUGUUCCUAUUUAUAUCAAUAUUAAUUCGAACGAUGGUAUCAUGUAUGCGCUACGUUCCUUUGACUAUGAGGACUUAAAAAGCUUCCAAGUCCACAUUCAAGCAAAGGAUAAUGGAAUUCCUAAACUGAGUAGUAGCACUACAGUUACUGUAAUUAUUCUAGAUCAAAACGACAAUAUCCCCGUUAUCAUUUCACCUUUAACGUGGAAUGGAUCAACUACAUUGAGAAUGGUACCUCAGACAGCAAAUCCAGGCUAUUUGGUCACCAAGAUAAUCGCGUCUGAUGCAGAUUCUGGCCAGAAUGCUCGGCUUUUCUUCAAAUUACUUGGAGCAACUGACACUAGUCUAGUCAACGUAGGACUACACUCAGGGGAAAUCAAAUUAGCUCGGACACUUAGUGAUCAAGAUCUCACUACACAAAACUUGAAUAUCCUGGUGAAGGAUAAUGGAGAACCAAGCCUUUCGACUACUGUAUCCAUGUUCUUUUCAAUAAUGAGCAAUGUUAAUCAAACGUUUACUGAACCCAGUCACCUGGGCAUGAAAACGGAAUAUUUUUCAGAUUUUAAUUUGUAUCUAAUCAUUAUUUUGGGAACAAUUUCUUUUAUAUUUCUCGUGACAAUUAUCAUUCUGUUUGUCGUUAAAUUCCAGCAAGGUAGAAGUGUUCAUGGUUACAAUUCUGGCACUUGUUGUGGGGGUGCAAAUUCGCUGGAUAGCUACAAUCAGAGGCAUGCUCCAAAAGAAUGUAUGAACUAUCUCGGAGAUGGCCAGACUAUUCCCGUUCAUGACCGCCAGCAUUACAUGAUGUAUUUACCCCCGAAUUCGCCGACAACUGAUUUUUUAUUCAUAAAACCGCACGAUGCAACUUUGCCCUGCAGUGACUUUAAAGGUACUACCGCCGACACAUCGAAAUAGCUUGCCGAAUAAACAAGUACGUUGAAUCCAUAGAAAGCAAAAGAAAAUUUUGGACGAAGGCAGCUUUGACAGAACAUUCGCAAAUGACCAAAAGAAUAUCGUCAAUAACGUUCAAUCAACGUCCAAAUAAAAACUUCGCUGUUUGUGUCCUUGAGGAAUUUCUGAUUACUGACUCCAUUAUCCAGCAUGCUUCUAAUGAUAUUAACGCCUUUCGCAAUCUGGUAAUGCACUCAUAAAUUAUAAUGUACGAAGUUUCUGUCAGACAAAAUAAAAAUUGCUGCAUUUACAUUUAUAUUUGGACUGCUUAGAUCACCGAGAUCUCCUAACGCGUCACUGAUCUUGUUCUGCAAGGCUGCAAUUUUGUUAUUGUCGGGUCUAUUUGAAGAAACGUAGGUUUUUGUAUUCUGUAAAAAAAAUGGUUAGCAAUUAACAGGCUUAAAACACAAUCUGCACGUACACAAACGUAGUUUGUUUCUCUGUAUGUGAAAUGCAUGUAAAAAUGUAACACGUAUUAAUGAAGCUGUAAGCGAUCUAAAUAAUAUUGUUUUAUUUAA